AUGUCACAAUCAGUCAUUCCAUUAGAAUCUAACCCAGAAAUUUUCACUCAAUUUGCCCAUAAAUUGGGUCUUUCCCAAUCGUUUGUGUUUCAUGAUGUCUAUUCAUUAACCGAUAAAGAUUUACUUUCAUUUAUACCACGUCCAAGUCCAGCUAUAAUUCUAUUAUUUCCAAUCACACCAGAUUAUGAAAAGGCUAGAUUAGCUGAAGAGGAAAAAUCAAAAGGUAGCACCGAUGAUGAAAAUGUUGUUUGGUUCAAACAAACUGUUAAAAAUGCUUGUGGUUUGUAUGCUUUAUUAAAUUCAAUUUCAAACUUAGAUGAAGUUAGUUAUGAGCCAAAUUCUAGAAUUGUUGAAUUUAAAAAAUCUUAUAAGGACAUUUCUAAAUUAGAACAAUUGGUGGAAAAUUUGAAAAAAGAUUAUACAGAUGCAGCCACAUCAGGAGAAACUCAAGCUCCAGAUGCUGAAGAAGAUACAUCAUUACAUUUCAUUGCAUUUAUUAAGAAAGACGGUCAUAUUUAUGAAAUGGAUGGAAGACGUAAAGGACCAUUGGAUUUGGGUGAAGCUCAAGAAUCGAACAGUGAAGAUGUCUUGGGUGAGUCAACAGUUGUUGAAAGAUUUCAACGUUAUAUUGAAUUAUCAGAUGAUGAAAACAAAUUGAAUUUCUCAUUAAUGGCCUUAGCUCCAUCUUUUGAAUGA